AUGGCCACGCGCCCGCGCCGCGCCGUGAAGCAGACCGUCAGCUACGCCGAGGAGCUCGCGGCGCAGGAGUUCGCGCGGCGCGCGGCGAUGCAGCUGACCCAAGACAACGAGGAGUUCGCGCAGGACUCCGACGACGACGAGCCCAUGCCCAGCGCGGCGCCGAAGAAGCGCGCGCCGCGCGCGCCGCGGGCGCCGCGGGCGCCGAAGAACCCGAAGAACAUGAGCUGGCUCUUCGAGGCGUGCAUGGACGCGAAGAAGCUCAAGAACAAGGACUACGACCUCGACGCGGCGGCGGAAGCGUGGGUCGUCGAGUACGCCGCGAACGCGGGCAAGGGCGCGGGGCCGGCGUCGUCUUCAGGGAUGGGCGCGCGCGCGCGCGCCGACCGGGAGCGCGCCUGCGCGCGCGCGCGCGCGGGGACGCUCGACCGCGCGCUCCGAACGCGGCGGAAUCGCAGGCGCGGCGAUGCUCGCGCGGCCGGCGACGGCGAGGCGCUGCGGGACCCGCUGGAGGCCCUGAGCGACCAGCUCGGCGCGAAGGACCGGCCGCACGCGUACCCCGUGCACGAGCCGUCGAGCAAGAAGACGGGCUUCGGCGCGCGCUUCGACGCCGUCUGGGGCAAGAUCGUCGACCGCUGCCGGUCCGGGUCGUCCUACGACGCCGAGGCCCUCGGCGCCGUGUCGCAGACGCUGGGCGCGUGCGCGCGCCACGACGUCGUCCACUGCCGCCACGCGGGCGCGGCGGGCGCCAUGGAGGUGGGCCUCGCCGUCGCCGCGGCCGCCGCGGCGCUGGAGGCCCAGGUCGCGAGCUGCGCGGCCCAGCUCGAGGCCCUCGGCGGCGGCGCGAAGCCGAAGAAGGGCUCCAAGGCCGAGGCGGUGCGGAAGCGGACCGACGACCUCGAGGCGUCGCUCGAGCGGCUCGACGAGCUCGGCGAGGCCAUCUUCGACGACGUCUUCUGCAAGCGCUACCGCGACGUCCACGCGCGCGUGCGCGUCGCCGUCGUCGAGCGCCUCGGCAAGUGGAUCGCCGCGCGGCCGGCCAAGUACCUCGACACGCGCUACCUCAAGUACGUCGCGUGGGUCCUCGACUUCCCCGAGGGCGCGGAGCGCGCCGCGGCGGCGGGCGCGCUCGCGCGGGCCUUCGGCGCCGUCGACGACGCCACGCGCGAGGCCCUCGGCGACUUCGCGGCGCGCUUCGUGCCGCGGCUCGCGGAGAUGGCGCACGACGUCGACGAGGCCGCGCGGGCCGCGGCCGUCGGCGCGCUCGACGCCUGCAUGGACUGCGGCCUCCUGGCGGAGUUAGAUCUGGGCGAGGACGACGUCGCCGACGUCACGGAUAAAGUGUAUUCGAAGAUCGUCGACGAGGACGCGGCGCCCGAGUUGCGCGCCGCGUGCCUCGGCCUCGCGCUCAAGUACGAGGACUUCGACGUCGCGCGCGCCGGCGGCGACGGCGCGAAGACGCUCCACGACCUCGGCCGCUUCGUCGAGGCGUCGAUCCUCGGCGACGACGGCCCGCUCGCGCUCGCGCCGCUCGCGGCGGACGCGUUCCUCGACCUCGGCGACGACUCGCGCGCGCUGCUCCAGGACUGGCGCGCCUGGGUCGACGUGCUCGGCCGCGACGACGUCGGCACGCAGUCGCCCCAGGCCGCGCGUUUGGUGGACGUGCUCCUGCGCCUCUUCCUCGCGGCGGCGUCUAGGACCGAGGCCGCGGGCGCGGAGGCGCUCGGCGCCGCCUUGCUCGACGCGCUGCCGGGCCUGCUGCGCAAGUACGGCGCCGACGACGGCCUCCUGCCCCACCUCCUGGGCCUCGCGGCCUUCGCGGCGCGCGCGCCGACGAAGGACGCGCGCUACGUCGCGGUCCUCGCGGCCGCGCUCGGCGCCGUCGAGCGCGGGUCCGGCGCCGCGCCGCGGCUCGCCGCGGAGGCCGCGCGGGCCUUCGUGUGCCACGCCAAGGCGGCGCAGAAGCAGGUCGACGCCGCUUUAGGCGCCUGCUGCGGCCGCCUCGCCCGCGCGCUCCGCGACGCCGCGGACCGCGAGGACGACCGCUUCGAGCGCGACGCGGCCGUCGCCGACGGCCGCGCGGCGUCGCGGCGCCUCGCGGCCCUCGCGGCCCAGGCCGACGUCGCCGCCUGCCUGAAGAAGAGCGACGCGGCGCGGCUCCUCGAGGACCUCAAGCACCGCGUCGCCGAGGACGCGGCCGCCGCGGACGGCGCGGCCGUCGACGCGCUCGACGCGCUCGCGUCGCUCCACGCCUGGGUCGCGGCGCGCGCGGUCGCCAGGGCCGACGGCGCCAGGGACGACGGCGACGCUCCCGCGGACCCCGCGGUCGUCGCGGCCGCGGCCGCCGCGAAGACGUUGCUCGUCGCGCACCUCGACGAGUUCGCCGUCGCGCCCCAGCGGUCCCUCGCCGAGGCCCAGGACGGCGUCAACGGAGCCAAGUCCCUGCGGAGCGACCUGGACCGCGACGCCUGGGCCGCGCUCCACGCCGCGCAGCUCCGCGCGCUCGCAGUCGCCGCCGCCGCCGCCGGCGGCCUCGCGCACCCGGGCCUGCGCCGCAAGCGCGGGUUCGCGGCGCUGGCGCUGCCCGUCGACGACGACCGCGACCUCGCGGCGCUCGCCGCGGACGUCGUCUGGCGCCACGGCGCCGCGGCGCUCGGCGCGACGCCCGCGCGGCCCACGCCCAAGCACUACGCGUCGUCGUGGAAGGCCGCGACGAAGGACGCGUCCCCGGCGCGCCUCGUCCUCGAGCCGGCCCUCCAGUUCGUCGCCGGCGGCCGGCCGGACACGCCCCAGCGCGAGGAUCUGUUCGCGGCCGUGCUCGCCGUCGCGGCCGCCGCCGAGGAGUCCGAGAUCCUCGCGGCCGCGGCCGAGGCCCUCGCCGCGCACCCGGACGACGCCGCCACGGUCCACCUCCGCGCCCUCGACCGCGUCGCGGCCCUCCUCGGCGCCGACGACGGCGACGAGGACGAACACGAGGCCGCGCGCGACGCCGUCGCGGACCUCGGGGCCGCGCUGGCCAAGGCGCUCCGCGCGUCCUUCGGCGACGACGCGGCCGCGGCGACGGACGCGCUCCACGGCGUGCUCCACGGGGGCCUCGACGCGGCCUUCGCGAACCCGCCCGCGAGCCUCGCGGGGCUCGCCGGGCUGCUGCCCUACGUCGCCGACGGCCGCAAGAACGCGAAAUCGGCGCGCGCGCGGCGCGACGCGGGCCUCCGGGCCUCGGUCCUCGAGGCCCUCGACGCGCGGUCCCGCGCGCUCCGGCGCCCGGACGGCGCCGACGACGACGACGACGACGCCUGGGCGCGCCUCGACGCGUUCGAGGCGGCGCUCCGCGGCGGCAAGCCCCGGCCCAAGCCCCGCGCGCCGCCGCCGCCGGAGCCGGAGGAACCGGCGCCGCGGUCCGGCGACAAGCGCCGCCGCGCGUCGAGCCGGCCGUCGUCGGCCCGGUCGACGCCCCUCGGCAAGAUCGACGAGUCCGCGGACGAGGACGACGACGCCGCGCCGGCGCCGCCGCGCGCCGAGUCCGACUCCGACGACGACCCGCUGCCCGGCGGCCGCCGCACCUACGACGCGCCGCCGCUCCUCGAGCCCCUCGCCGAGGACGGCGCCGACUCCGACUCCGACGACGAGCCCAUCAUGCCCGCGGCGCGCCGCGCGUACUCCGGCGACGCGGGCCACAUCACGACGGACGACGACGACGACGACGCCGACGCCGCGGACCGCAAGCGCCGCCGCUCCUGGAUGCCCGCCGCGCCCCUCGAGGAGGAGGAGGACGACGACGACGACGAGGACGAGUCGCCGCCGCCGAAGAAGAAGCCGGCCUCGCGCCGCGGCCGCAAGUAG